UCCGGGGCGGGGCCGGAGCCGGAGCCGGAAGAGCCGCCCGGCGCCAUGACCGCGCGGGGGACGCCGAGCCGCUACCUGAGCAGCGUCCUGCGCAACGGGCUGGGCCGCUACGUGUGUCAGCUGCAGCGCCUGAGCCUGGCCUUCAGCCCCGGCGGGCAGACCUCGCGCGGGGCCAGAGGCUACAUAGAAGAGAAGGUGUUGGACUUUGCCAAGCAGAAUCCUGGCGUUGUGGUGUACGUGACCCCACAGAAAUGCCGAAGUCCCACAGUGGUCGCAGAAUAUUUGAACGGAGCAGUGAGGGAAGAGAUCAUCGCCGACAAGACAGUGGCUGAGAUAACGCAGUUGGUCCAGAAGCUGGCCAGCCAGUCGGGGCUGGAGAUCAUUCGCAUCCGCAAGCCCUUCCACACGGACAACCCCAGCAUCCAGGGCCAGUGGCACCCGUUCACCAACAAGCCGAGCGCCCUCCCCUUGCAGAGCCUCCGCAGGCUGGAGCCGCAGCCUAAUAAAGUGUGACCUGCUGGAAAGAGA